AUGAGCGACCUAGACAAAGCCAUCGCACAGCUCCGUGCGUGUCGUCCCAUACCAGAAGCCCAAGUGCGCGAGAUAUGUCACAAAGCACGAGAGCUGUUGAUAGAGGAGGGCAAUGUCGUCACAGUCUGCGCGCCUGUCACAAUAUGCGGUGACAUACACGGCCAGUUCCACGAUCUGAUGGAACUCUUUCGAGUGGGUGGCGAUGUGCCGGACACCAACUACCUGUUCAUGGGUGACUUUGUCGACCGUGGCUUCUACUCCCUCGAAUCCUUCUUACUCCUCCUCUGUCUCAAGGUCCGAUACCCCGACCGCAUGACCCUCAUCAGGGGCAACCACGAGUCCCGACAGAUCACCACGGUCUACGGCUUCUACGACGAAUGCUUGCGAAAAUACGGGAGUGCGAACGUGUGGAGAUAUUGCUGCGAUGUGUUUGAUUACCUCGCCCUGGGUGCGAUCGUUCUCGGCGCCUCGAAUACCCUGUACCCAGCCAGCGAAAGCCCGUCGGCGCAGGAGUACCUGGAGCAGAACACCGAGAUCGAAGUCUGCAAUGCCGACCGGGAUGUUAUUAGCAGGUUCCCGCGCCGGAACCUGGAGGGCGAGGAGCAAAACAAGAGCCCGAACGGCGCGGCUGCGGGCGCGGGCACGGGGGACAAGACAGGACCACCGGGAUCAGGUGCGUCGGGCUCGAGCGGAGGUUCGAUCGGCAACCCGGCAGGCGCAGUGCUGUGCGUCCACGGCGGCCUGAGCCCGCUGAUCGACACGGUGGACAAGAUCCGGCUGCUCGACCGGAAGCAGGAGGUGCCCCACGAGGGGGCGAUGUGCGACCUGCUGUGGUCGGACCCGGACGAUAUCGACGGCUGGGGCCUGUCGCCGCGCGGCGCGGGAUUUCUGUUCGGCGCGGAUAUUGUCCGGCAGUUCAACCAGAAGAACAACCUCUCGCUGAUCGCGCGCGCGCACCAGCUCGUCAUGGAAGGGUUCAAGGAGAUGUUCGACACGAGCAUCGUCACCGUGUGGUCGGCGCCCAACUACUGCUACCGCUGCGGCAACGUCGCCGCGCUGCUGGAGCUGUCCGAGGACGAGUCCGGGCUCGGCACCUUCUCGCGGAGCAACGGCGACGUGAACAGGAGCGACGGCGGGGCGGCGGCCAGGGCGCCGCUGACGGAGGGCCAGCUGCCGCCGCCGAUUGUCGGGCCGGCGAGGCGGUACCGGGUGUUCCAGGCUGCGCCGCAGGAUUCGAGAGGCAUGCCGGCCAAGAAACCCGUGGCUGACUACUUCUUGUAA